AGGUGGGUAUAUAGAUAUGGAAAAUAUGAAAUGUAUUCAGUUAUACUUUCACAGUUAUACUUUCGAAUACGUUGCGUUGAAACAUAGAAUUACGUCUACGGAAUCUUGAUUAUUUAAGGAACAUCUAGGUAUACGUAUACAAAAUUAAAGAUGGAAAAUUUGAAGCUAUUGGUGGUUGGAGAUGGCGGAGUUGGUAAAAGCUGCUUACUGAUAUCCUACACCACUAAUAGUUUUCCAAGUGAAUACGUCCCUACAGUCUUUGACAACUACUGUGCUAACAUGGUGAUUGAUGGCAAAGCUUACAAUAUUGGCCUUUGGGAUACAGCUGGCCAGGAAGAUUAUGAUAGAUUGAGACCACUUUCAUACCCCCAGACUGAUGUAUUUUUCCUAUGCUUUGAUAUUGGAUCACCUGAUUCAUUUGAAAACAUACAUGAGAAGUGGGUUCCUGAGAUCAAACAUCAUUGUCCUCAUACACCCUUCAUGCUUGUUGGCUGCAAAUCAGAUCUGCGUUCCUCCACCCGAGAUGGCAAGUGCAUUGUCACCAGAAAGGAGGCAGAUGAUCUUGCGCAAAAACUAGGCUGCAAAUACCAAGAAACUAGUGCUCUAACACAAGACGGCCUACAGGAUUGCUUUACUCAAGCAGUGAGAGUGUGCGUGAAUGACAAGCGACAUUCCAAAUUGAAAAAGAAGGGUUUCAGUCUUUUUUCCCGAAAAACUGAGGAAAAUCUGCCAGUUCCUCCUGUAAUGCCCCCUGCUGGAAAGGCACCUUUGCUAGAAAUAGAAACAUCUACAUUUGCUGACCAAUGGCACAAGAUGCUAAAGAAUCCAUCAAAUACUGAUGUAGCCUUCAAAGUUGGCCGCCAUGAGCUCGUUGCUCAUAAAAUCAUCCUUUGCGCUGCCUCAGAGACCUUUAGGAGAAUGCUUGAUAUUACACCAGACUCUGAAGUGAACCAAUUGGAAGCUGUGGAAUGUGAUAUUACUGCAGAGAAGAUUGCAGCUGGGUUGGUGCCAGGUGUUGAGAAUGUGUCUCAAGAUUCUGAUGAUGUCACCAUUAUAACUCUUAAAGAAGAUAUCAGUGGCAAAGCCUUUGUACAUGUCCUGGAGUUCUUCUAUACAGGAGUCCCUGUAUUGAAAGAUGAGACCCCCACAGAUGACCUUAAUGACCUCAAGCAUGCAGCAAUCACAUUCAACCUUCCCCAGCUUGUGACCAUAUGCGAGAACAUUGAGCAGGACAUGGAGUUUCUCAAUCCAAGUAUUGGGACAUACCUAAAUGAUGAAACAGGGGCAAAGCUGAAGAAGAUGUUCUUGAACAAACCUCUUUUGGCAGAUAUCAUCUUCAUCGUUGAAGGUACCAAAGUGUUUGCUCAUAAAGCAGUAGUGACUACCAGAUGUGAAGUUUUAGCUGCAAUGUUCAGUGGCCACUUUGUUGAGACCUCAAAGGGAUCUUGCACACAGGUUGAGAUUGGUGGGACCAGCCUAGCAACAUUCCUUGCCUUACUGGAGUACCUUUACACUGAUCACUCCCCCAUAGAGGAGAAUGACUCCAUUGAGAUCCUCGUCCUUGCCAACCAGUAUUGCCAGACAAGACUAAUCAACCUAUGUGAACUGUACAUCACCAAAGAAAUCGAUCGCUCAGUCACUAAGUCAAUUGAAAAGUCAGACAUUGAUGUUAUAGGACUCUUGUUGUCUUGCCAGUUUCACAAUGCUGACCAAUUAGCCAAAUGGUGCCUACAUUUCAUAUCUACUAACUACAGUGCAUUUGUGAAUCGUUCAGAAUUCCCCCAACUUGCUGACAGUAACCUUGAAUAUAUAGAGGAACAUAGGUGGCCUCCAGUGUCCUACCUCAAUGAGAUGCAUCAGUUUCUCCACAUUACACUUCAAUUCAGCUACCUGAAAGCUAUGGCAGUGAACGUCUACAUUGAGAAAGAGAAUGUAGGAUAGUUGCAGAUUGACUGAAGACAGACAGACUGAAAGUUGUCAUAUAUUUUGUUUGACCUUUUACAUGAAAUUGUCAAGCAUAUAGUUUCAAAAAAUAUCUGUGAAAUCAGAAUGCUUUCUUCUGAGCAUGUUGUGUUUCUGUGCAAUAUUUUGCAAUGAACAGUCUUAGACAUAUGUUCCCAUAUGUUGAAUUAAGUCAUGUAUUGCAUUAAAUUACCUUGUGUAAUUGGCAUAAUCUUAGUAUUCAAUCAGUUUUAAAACUGACAUUUUGAAAGUCUUUAAUAUGUGCAGUGUUUACAAUCUGUAUAGACUUUUUAAUAGAACUAAAGCAAAGUACUAUUUGCAUUAAUUAUUUAAGAUUAUGUAUGUGUAUAUGUAUACUUUAAAAAAAACUAGCCAUGAAUUACAUAGAUUAAUGUGAUGGCUAUU